AUGGACAACUCCCUCGCGAAUAGCCCCUCGGCGGAGCUGAGCAACGACAAAGGCAGCUCGCCGGGAAUACCGCAGAAAGAUGUGCAAGAUCCGAAGCAGUCCGAGCCAAAGAAGCGCACGCGGACGGGCUGUUUGAACUGCAGUCGCCGUCGUCGAAAGUGCGAUGAAGCAAAACCUACUUGCACAGGUUGCAAGCGCCGGGGCGAUAAAUGUCAAUGGCGCAUGCUGGGCUCAUUCCGCGAUGCCAACAUCAAAGUGCUGGAUUCUGAUCACCCGUCGAUGAGCCAGGGUGUGGCCGCGAACAAAAACAAACGCCAAAGUAGAUUCAAAAUCUUGAAUACUUUGCCGGAGCAGCCUCGUACCAGAGGCACGAAGCGCCCGAAUGAGACCAGCCCCGAUCGGCCGAUACGUAUUGGCUUCUCUCCCUCGCCUUCAACGAUCAAUGACGACUCCAUAUCGGCAGUUACUUCGGUGCCAGAAGUGCAGAACAACAUCAAUACCACUCCUGGGCCUGUGGGUGAACCUUCCAAUUCUGUUGAUGUUGGUCCGACUCUGUCGCCGCCGCUCUCGGGAGAUACCUCCUCCCAUUCUUCACAUCAUCGGAGUCACGCCUCUCCACACCAUGACCACAUCGGACCCGACACGUCUCAGUUGUCCCAGCCUGGGUCAACAAGCCAUGCGCCCUACCAGACCAACCUACGUUGCGAAUUUCAAUCCCAGCUGUCAGGGGAUGCAUCGCCUCACGGCUAUCUGAACUCCAGUCCGGAAUACGUGAUCGAUGACCUUGCCGCGCUGAGGAAUUUGACACACGGUCCUCCGUAUCAUUCUUCUGUUGAAGGGUCAUACCAGACUGUUCCAUCGCCUGUAUUCGACCACAGUGUCUUCUCGGAUCCGGCUGACCUCAACAAUGAUGUCUUUCUUCCGGGAUCCGCCUAUGAGGCACUUCAUACAGCGUUGCGAAAUCGUCAGCUGUGGACGGCCCGGCCUGAUGUGCCAACUCGAACUAGCUCCCGCGAGUCUAUUCCGCAAGUGCAUACGCCCUCGGCAUUCAGCGAUGACUCUUUCAGAUCCGGGCGACAGCCUCGACGCUCCCGGCCCGGUCGCUAUUUUGAGUUGUCUCCUGAGCGAGAGCAUAUCUUGUGGCAAAAUUAUCUGAAUGAAAUAUGCUCAUGGCUCGACAUGUUCGAUAAUAACCGACACUUUGCAUCGACAUUUCCUCAAAUGUCAAGGACUGCUCCUCAUCUACGAUACUCUAUUCUAGCUCUUUCUGCUCGACAGCUGGAGAGGGAGCAGAAUGAGAAGUCACAAUCCGAGAGUUUGUCUCUUUAUCAAGAGGCUAUUCACCUUCUGCUACCUGAGUUAGAGAGCAAGACCACACCCGUCAUUGCGUCUUGUGUCAUCCUGUGUGUUCUGGAAAUGUUGAGCUGUAACCCAAAAGAGUGGAGGCGCCAUUUAGAUGGCUGUGCCUAUCUCAUUCAAGCGGCUGGUAUCAAUGGAUUCUCAGGGAAGGAGGAACAGGCGCUCUUCUGGUGCUUUGCGCGAAUGGAUGUAUGCGGUGGACUCAUCUCCGAGGAAGAAACCAUCAUCCCAAUCCACAACUGGAGACCCAAAGAUAUGAGCUGCUCUGAAGCAUCGCACUUGUUCCUCUCUUCAAACAAAACAAACUUCGACACCUACGCCAACUAUACCGUCUACUUGUGUGCAGAGACCCUCAGUGUUCUCUUCGGAUCUUCGUCCAAAACACCGCAUCCAUGCACCUCGGGUCAAUCCUUCUCUGACGAGGAUGGAAACUCAUAUGUUCAUCGCUGGGCGGAGCUUUUUAGCCACGUGGAGCAGUGGUAUGAGCAUCGGCCGAGCCAAAUGAAGCCCAUCUUCACAGUUACCACCCCAGGCCACACUGGGAGAGACCGACCGUUUCCCACAGUGUUGUAUGGGAAUGGCGAUGCCAUUUCUGGGAACCAACUCUAUCAUGUGAGCGCCCUUUUGCUUCUUCAGCAGAAGCCAAAAACACUUGUUCUUUCUAAAAAGCCGAAAUCUGUUCUUUGGCAUGCACGGCAAAUUUGUGCCAUAUCCGCAUCAAAUGCGCAUCAUGGCUGUUGGACCAAUGCACUCCAGCCUCUUUGGAUCGCAGGCAAGGUCAUGUCGCACUACUCCGAACACGAAGCUAUCGUCGAGACGCUGGUCCGAAUCGAGCGAGAGACUGGCUGGGCCACGGCAUGGAGAGUUGAAGACCUAAAGGAACUCUGGGGUGAUUAUGAUAACGAGGACGACUAUGACUUUGACAUGAAUUGA